UAUCUCCCCAGAUGGAAAAAUCAAUCAGAUGAGAGUCUCCACCAUGACCAAGUUUGAGACUCAAAUGCGCCAGGCAAUAGUCCUUAUCAAGUCAGCUGUGGCCUUGAACCCGUCCACGGUCAGGUUCGUCCUCUUGGGAAAUGAUGAAACUGUUCUACCUGCAAUUGAAGAAUACGUGUCAAAUUGGCCAGAUCGUUUUCGGAAUCGUCUAAAGUUGAGUUAUCGGCCUGUCAUUAUGCCAGAAGAAUGGCAUUUAAUGGAUUUCUACGAGAAAUGUGUCACCGAAAAGUUGUUCCUGCCGUGGGUGCUGUCUGAUUUUGACUCCGUCGUGUAUCUGGAUACCGACCACGUGUUCAUGAGACCUCCGGAGCAUCUGUUAGCGCACUUCAAAAACUUCGAUGACACCCAAGUGCUUGGAGUCGCACCUGUAGAUGGUUACUAUUUGCAGUCCAAUAUAGAGAUACCAUACUACGGGAGGCAAGGCUUAAGCAGCGCGCUAUUGCUAGCCAAUCUUACAAGGUGGCGUGACCUGCCUGUCGACUGGCUGCCCAUCGUGACAAGUGUGGCCAAAGUUUAUAAGGACAGCAUAGUGAGCGAUCAAGAUAUAUUUAACCUCGUUUUCAGUGAGUUUCCAGACUACAUCUACGACCUGAGCUGUGACUGGAGUGGCAGCAUCGAGCAGUGCUUGUCAGUGAACUGGAACUGCAGCUCCAUCGAACAAACAGGCUUUUCGUUGGUGCACGGUGCAAGAUCAAGAUUUUUUGCAGAAGACGUUUGGAGAAUGAGAACUAUUUCCUAUGGAUUGAAAUACGUCAUCCCUAUGGAGGAGAUUUUCACUACAUGGGAGAGGUACGACUUAACUGAGCCCUUGUCAGUAUUACUUCAAACCUUGACCAAAAACCUCCACACACGGGAAGAUGAACUGCGGAAAGCACAGGCGAGCCAUAAAGAAAAUCUGUUUUGCCUCUACAGUUUCGAGAAGCUCCUGAAACAAUUGAACGAUCUCGUGCAGAUAAAAAAAUAAUACCAAAUGUUGAUCAUAUUAGUAGUCAAAUUUGCCUAAGGCAUCUUGGUCUUUUAAACGUAUAAUCCAAGAAAAAAAUUUGGGUCAAACAAAAUGAAAAAUUUGAUCUUACAAACGACGUUGAAACAGCGUAUUUUCAACGCUGAUUAAACCAUACUUAUUCGAACACAAGAGACGGUCUAAAAAGUUCUUAAAUCCGUUUUCCAGUAUUAUAAGCAUUUUGUUUAUACAAGUGAAAUGAAUUAAAAUCACCCAUAAAUCAAAGUGA